AUGGAGCGUCGUCGAGCUUUCCGAGGUGGCUUCGGUAGCGGCUAUUUCAGCAGCUUCGAUAGUCGUGCAUCGAGCGACCGGCCGUGGACGCCGGUCACCAAACUGGGUCGCUUAGUAAAGGAUGGAAAAGUGACUUCAAUUGAACAAAUUUAUCAAAAAUCUAUUCCUGUGCUGGAGCACCAGAUAGUGGACCGACUGCUGCCUGGGCUAAAAAAUCAGGUACUGAGAAUACUUCCAGUGCAGAAGGAAACAUCAGGCGGCUUGCGCACUCGUUUCCGAGCGUUCGUUGCUAUUGGUGACAGGAACGGGCACGUGGGCCUCGGAGUGCAGUGUGCAAAGCGUGUAAGCACUGCUAUUCGUCGUGCUGUCUAUCGGGCCAAAACUUCAGUGGUGCCAAUCCGACGAGCUUACUGGCACUUCAAAACUGGCGUACCUCACACAAUAGUAGCACGUUACUAUGAAGUCCAGGUGAAACUUUAUCCUGCUCCACGUGGUACCGGUAUCUGUGGGCCGCCAGUUAUCCAGAAACUCUUGGGACUUGGUGGCAUCCAGGAUUGUUAUACGUCGGCAACCAACUGUCACAUGCUGGGACCUCUCGCGAAGGCUACGUUCCUUGCCAUCAAAAAGACGUACUUUUUUGAACCUGUAAAGGAUAUUAAUUGUGAUUUUCCGGAACUGGCUGUAGCUAAUGCCAAGCUGUAG